AUGGCUGAUUUAAAAGAAAUUGCCAUAAUCGGCGGCACCGGAGCUCAAGGCCUUCCCGUGGUGAAAGCCCUAGCUGAGAGCGGACGAUACCGUGUGCGAGUAUUAACCCGCAACGCCAGUUCGUCUCGCGCGCAGCACCUCGCUGCUCUCCCGAAUGUGACCUUGCUCCAGGGGGCGCAGGACAACCAACGGGAUCUACAUAAUGUAUUCCGAGGCGUCUACGGAGCCUGGGUCAACACAGACGGGUUUACCCUCGGGGAAAAGGACGAGCUUUUCUACGGCUUUCGAGCGUAUGAGAUCGCGAGAUCUGAAAAGGUACAGCACUAUGUCUGGGCUAAUAUUGAAUAUGCCAUGGACGCUGCAAACUACGACGAACAGUAUCAUUGUGGCCAUAUGGAGUCCAAAGGACGGGUUGGCAAGUUUAUCCUCGCCCAGGGGCAGGACGGCGUAAAGAGCACCUUGUUCAGUACGGGGCCGUACAUGGAUAUGCUCAUGGAUGGGAUGUUUGUGCCGAUUAAGCAGCAGGACGGGUCGUUUCUGUGGGCCAAUCCAGCCCCCAGUGAUGCGAAGAUCCCAUUGAUAGCUCUCUGUGACGUCGGUGUCUACAAUCUCUGGAUUUUCGACAACCCGUCCGAGUCGGCCGGCCUUGACCUCCAAGUCAUGACAGACAAUGUCAGUUUUGGCGAGAUCGCUGCGGUCUUCACUGAAAUCACAGGCAAACCCGCUGUCCAUAGACCCAUCCCGUUUGAAACAUAUGCACCCCUUGCAGAGCCUUACCCCGGCGCAUCUGUCAACUGGGCCCUCGGCCCUGAUGCGCCUCGAGAUGACUCUAUCAUGAGCUGGCGUGAGAAUUUCGGGGCCUGGUGGCGCUAUUGGGGAGGGGGCAUUACCAGGGAACGGGAUACGGCUCUUCUGGACCGGGUUCAUCCUCAGCGCAUCAGGAGUCUGGCAGAUUGGAUGAAGCAUGUAGGUUAUGAUGGCGAACAGAGGAGUGUCCUGAAAAUGGUUGAAGACUGGAACAAGAAGUAA